AUGCCGAUCGUUCUCAGGGCCACGGACCAGUGUGUCCUACAGUCCCCGAAUGCCCCGCCUGCGCACAUGCUGAUGCCCGGAGACUUCCUGAGGAUCUACAACCUCCGAGCGAUCCCAGGAUCCAGAAAGGUGCCGGGUCUCACCAGCAGCCAGGCGCAGGAGGUGGAUCACCUGGCUUUUCACCUGCAUGGAGGCACGGCGUACGGCAGAGGGAUCCGGGUUCUUCCAGAAAACAGCUCUGUCGUACAGGAGCUGAAGAGAGUCAUGGAGUCCUUCCCAGAGGAUGACAUAGACAACUUCUUCGAGCCGAACGACUCAGAGUUGCUGGAGGUCUGGAGCACUCCGCCAGAGUCUCCUGGAGGUGAAACCGUGGAGUGCAGCACAGAGAGAAGCUGCGGUCACAACACGCAGCCGGUGACACUGUCCGAGGUGAAGCGAUCCGAUCCGGGUCGAAUUCACCACGUCAGAGUCCAGCUGAGAUCCUACGAGCCCCACAGACUCCACCAGGCUCUGAAGCUCUACUGCAGCAAGUGUACAUCAAUGCAGGACGUCCCGGAUGAUGAACUGGUGGCGGGUAUCUUCUCUGAGGCGUCCAAGGACUCUGGACCCUUCAGUCCCCCACCGUGGGCGCUCUCUGGGGUCAAUGUCCCCACAGACUCCCCAGGACCCCCAAACCGAGCCCUGAGCGUUCACCUGUCCACCCAGCUCAUGUCAGAGGACAAAACGAAGGAGCUUAUCUUCCUCAUGGGUUCGACUCUGGCGGAAACGCGUCAACUCGCAGCCGGCUACCAGAACAUCGUCCCUGUGAGGUCGUCAGGAGGUCAGCUGGCUCUGCUCGACCUGUCUGCUCCUUUUCUGUUCCGAGGCAGGAAGAGAUACUACGGGUGUCCGCGGUGCUCGGAGGCUGCAGUGCAGGAACCUUCAUGUACUGAAGGAGUCGAGCUGAUCGACGAGAAAAUCAUUGCGGAGGCUCUCGGCGUUCAGCUGCUGCAGUUCGUCCUGCUGAUGAAGCUCGAGCUGCAGGACGCCACCGACACGCUGGACGUCUUCCUGUGGAGAGACGCCGAGUCGUUCUUCAGCGUGUCUGCGGAGGACGUGUCAGUCAAUCAGGAGGCUCAGAGCAGCAUCCGUCAAACGAUGGACUCCCUCUGUCCUCCAGGAGGCAGCGCUGGUCAGCGUCCAUGGAUGGAUGGAUUUGUGUCUGAUGGGGUACCGAGCCGAGGACGACGCAGGACGGCGCCAAACCUGCUAUCAGAUCUGCCACAGCACCAUCAUCAAACCCCACUGCACGCGCUCCGAACCCGACCCCGCCUGAACCGCCAGCAGGUCAAAGGUCAACCAGAGUCAGGACAGGUGUUGGACACGAAAUCACUGGAGAAGAGAGACGUCUGCAGUCCCACGUCAGAGCGAGGUGACGGAACUCUGCGUCUCCGCCGGCUGCACUUCACCUCGCUCUGCGGCGGCCUCCCAACGCUCCGGAGCGCAGAAGAUUCAUGGGACGGAGGUGGACCUUCAACGGCUGGGAUUCACCACUUGCCCCCCUCCUCCUCCUCUUCCUCCUCCCUUAGUUGCGGCGCAUCUGAACGGUCAGUCAAGUUUACCAACUUAGUUUUGGGGCUUUUAUUCCGCUGUGGUGUCUUUGGUGAUGCCUCCAGACUGGAGCCGCUCCGGGACGCACCCAAACCUGACAGGUGCGCCUCUUAUACACAACCAAAGACUCUGUGA